CAUGGUCUAGGUAAGGGUGUUUGACGUUUUGAAAUAAAUACAUGGUAGUCUUAUAGACGUUUAUUCUUUCUGUAAGAUAAUUAUAAACAACUUCUUGAAGAUAUUUGUAAAUACAAUAAAUUUUGAAAUUAAAUAAAAAAUGAGCAUUCAAAAAAUCUUACCAAGAGUAUAUGGACUGCUUGUUUCAAAUAUAAAGUCAGCAUCAUGUUGUACCAUGGUAAAACUACAACAUACUAAGAGUGAUGUUAACGAGCACAGGGCUAAAGUCAUGGCUCGAGGCUUGCCUGAAAAGAAGCCCUUACAUAAAGUUAAAAGUAUAAUAUUAGUUGCAUCUGGAAAAGGAGGCGUUGGAAAGACAACUACCGCUGUGAAUCUCGCAUGUGCUAUGAAAGUGAUAGAACCUGACAAGGAGAUAGGACUCUUAGACGCUGAUGUGUUUGGUCCAUCAGUUCCUCUAAUGAUGAACAUCAGCGGGGAGCCCAUGCUGAAUGAUGACAAUCUAAUUGAACCCCAUGUCAACUAUGGUGUUAAGUGCAUGUCAAUGGGCUUGUUGGUCUCUGGUGAGAAUGCUGUAGUAUGGCGUGGCCUUAUGGUGAUGCAGGCAUUGGAGCGACUUACGCGGAAUGUAGCAUGGGGCCCGCUAGACUGCCUCAUAGUAGACACACCUCCUGGUACCGGAGACACUCAUCUGUCACUUGCACAGAAUCUGCCCAUCGAUGGAGCAAUUGUUGUGACAACACCUCAAUCUGCAGCUUUACAAGUUACUAAGAGAGGUGUUAACAUGUUUGAAAAACUCAAAGUCCCCAUUAUUGGACUGGUCGAAAAUAUGUCACAUGCAAUCUGUCAUAAAUGUGGUACGAAAAACUUUAUAUUUGGUAAUGAAACUAAGCAGACAGCUGAUCAGAUGGGACUUAAGAUUAUUCAGAGCUUUGAAGUGGAUUCAAAUAUGUCUGAAUGCAUUAACAGUGGGAAACCAGCCAUAUAUGCACUUCCAGACAGCACACAUGCAGAGAAGUAUAGACAGCUAGCAAACACAGUCUUUAAAUAUAUUUCGAAUAAAGAUAAGGCGGAAGCUGAGGCGACCGAGCAGUAGACCCACACAAAAUAUUUACACGUAGUUGUUGAAUUAUGUUUAUUAUAUUUAAACAUUUCACAAAUAAAUCUGUUAUAAAAAAAUGUUGUCUUACUUACACAAUAAUAAUAUAUAAUAUGGCAAAACGUAACAUUUAUAUAGUCGCACAGAAAUAGGUUACGAAAAAAAAAGGUUGAAGGUGUAAUUAUGUCAUAUUUAUUCAAAACAUUUCAUUUAUGAAUUCGACUAUUCUUCACGAGCGUACAUUAAAAAUAAAUAAAAAAUACUAUAAAAAUAUUUUUGUCUUUUUAAAUAUACUUUUGUAGAAAUUAAGUUUACAAGGAAGAAUAAAGUGCUAUUUGAUUAAUUACUGUAAAGUCGCGUCUAAAGACUUGUCACAACAGCAGAUACAGGCUACAUUAAAAGUAAAUUUUAUGUUUUAAUUAAA